AAAAUCUGCACACUCAAAGAGGAAAGAAAAAAGAAAGAGCGAAAGGAAGGGUUUUCGGUGCCGAGAGAGAGAGUUUGGAUUUUUAUCUUCAUCUUCUUCCUCCUUGCGUUCUGUUUGGCAGCAGCGGCGGAAACUCAGAGAGAGAGAGAGAGACGAACAGCUGUAAAUCCAAUACGUCGCCGUUUCGGCAGUCUCAGAUCUAAUAAGGGUUUUCUCACAGAAGGGGAGAGAGAGAGAGAGAGAAUGAGCGGGAGAGGCGGCGGAGGCGUGGCCAGCAAUGGUAAGGGCAAUACUGGGAUUUCCGGCAUACCUGCGGGGUCUCGGAAGAUGGUGCAGAGCUUGAAGGAGAUUGUGAAUAACUGCACUGAGCAGGAGAUCUACGCUAUGCUUAAAGACUGUAACAUGGACCCUAACGAAGCCGUCAAUCGCCUCCUCGCCCAAGAUCCUUUUCAUGAAGUGAAGAGCAAACGAGAAAAGAAAAAAGAGAGUAAGGAGCCGACAGAUUCCAGGUCUCGUGGGGCGAGUAACGCUUCAAGUUAUGGUGCUAGAGGUGGUGACCGUUAUUCUGCACGUGGCGGAUCAAACCACUUUAGCUCUAAUGAUUCUGGUUUUUCGCAUGGUAAGUCUGCAUACAAGAAGGAAAAUGGGACACAUGCUUAUCCAGGUUCUGCGUCUGGCAUGGCAGGAAAUCACACAGGUCGACGACCCACAUCCUACAGCGAUUCUGUGGGGAGUGAAAAUAAAAUGCCAACAUUGAGCACAGAUGAUGGAAUAUCGUCAUUCUCACAGCCUUCUUCAGGAUAUCAGUCUGCAUGGGGAGGGGUUCCAGGUCAAGUAUCCAUGGCCGACAUUGUUAAAAUGGGCAGGCCGCAAGCCAAGGCUACCACCAUGCCAAACCCCCAUAAUCAUAGUGGUAAUCAUCAUGAUGGGGUGCCUCCUGCAGCAUCAUUGCAUCACAAUUUGCAUUCACCGCAAGAUCAUGUUCCAAAGUUGUCAGCGACCCAUGAUGAGUGGCCCUUGAUUGAUCCACCAUCUGUUAGCAUGUCCUCUGUUCUUGGGGCACCCGCAAACUCUGAGCUGUAUGCUGAUUCAUCUAACGUGCCCGUCGAUAGAGCUAAUCAACAUAUAAGAUCCCAGAUAGAUGAGGUUGAGGUGGAAGAAGAUGAUUCUGUUGAGGCACUUCCAAGCCAGAAUGAGCCUACUUCUGUAUCUGGUAGACAUUUACAAGAAGAUAAUUCCGGAGGUGCAUCUAAUUUUGAUAAUAGCUUGUAUGAAGACAUAAAUUCCUACCAACCACAGCGGCAUGCUUUCGAGGAGAAUGAAGCUGAAGAAGAUGUGUCAUCAGUGGCUGCAAACUUGCAGCAACUUAAUUUACAAAACGAUGAUAGGGGAGCAGCUCCUGAAGAAGAAAAACCUCCUGUGGUCAUUCCUAAUCACCUUCAGCUUCAUACUCCAGAUGUCUUGAACUUGAGCUUUGGAAGUUUCCGAUCUGGCCCAGAUCCUGCUCUUCCUAGCUCCGAUUCAUUUGCAUCGGAGCCACAAAAAAGAAACUUUGAAGAGACAUCUGGGGCCGUAGAUGUUUCUGCAAUUGCACACUCAGAUGCAAGAAAUCCCGAGUAUUAUGGAGAUGAGCAUCUCAUGAAUGCCUCGGACGAAAGUCUAGUUCAUAGAACUGUAGCCAGUGCGGGAGAUUAUGAAUCUCCUUCAGUUUCACAAGCAGAGAUCUUGAAACAAGAAACCCAUGAACCUGAUCAGGGGAAUCAAUAUGUGUUCUCUUCUGCACCUGGAUUUGCAUAUGAGAAUUCCCAACAAUUGGAUGCGGCAUUUUCUCACCAACAUACAAGCUCGCAGAUGCAGAAUAUGGCUCCUUUUUCGAAUGUGAUGCAGGCAUAUACAAAUUCAUUGCCCAGCACUCUGUUAGCUUCGAGUGCUCAAGCUGCAAGGGAGGAUUUUCCAUACUCACCGUUCCCCAUGACCCAAUCUAUGCCCACAAAGUAUGGCAAUGCGGCUUCUUCUAUCAGCGGUCCCACCAUCUCCAUGGCAGAGGCAUUGAGAGCAGGUGGUAUUUCUGCACCUCAGCCUACUCCACAGGGCCUGCCUGGUGCUAAUGUUGCUACUGGACCAGCUCUUCCACAACACCUUGCAGUGCACCCUUAUUCUCAACCUACUCUUCCGCUAGGGCAUUUUUCAAACAUGAUCGGUUAUCCUUUCCUGCCUCAGAGCUACACAUAUAUGCCAUCAGCUUUCCAGCAACAAUUUGCUGGUAACAGCACAUAUCAUCAGUCUCUGGCUGCAGUUCUCCCACAGUAUAAAAAUAGCGUCUCUGUUAGCAGUUUGCCUCAGUCUGCUAAUAUUCCGCCUGGCUAUGGGUUCAGUAGUUCAACCAGCAUUCCUGGUGGAAACUUUCCUUUGAAUCCACCUUCGGCACCUACAGGAACAACGAUGGGCUAUGACGAUGUCGUAAACUCUCAGUACAAGGACAAUAGCCAUUUGAUCUCACUUCAGCAGGUAAUUUGUUAUCUUGGGAAAAAAACUCAUGAAAAGUGCUUAUCCUUUCGUUCGUUUAACAGUAUAUUCUUUUUUCUUUGUCAGCAGCAAAAUGAUAACUCGGGCAUGUGGGUUCAUGGACCUGGUUCCCGAGCAAUGUCUGCUGUUCCAGCCAGCAACUAUUACAGCUUUCAGGGGCAGAAUCAACAGCACGCAGGGUUCCGGCAAGCUCAGCAACCACCGCCUUCACAGCAGUAUGCUGGAACUCUCGGUUACCCCAACUUUUAUCACUCUCAAACCGGGAUGUCCCUAGAACACCAGCAGCAGCAAAGUUCGAGGGACGCGUCCCUGGGCAGCUCACAAGGCGGCCAACCCUCGAAGCAGUCGCAACAGCAGCUAUGGCAGAACAGCUACUAAUUCUCAGUCAUCUCCCUCCCUCUCCUCAAGUUUUUUUUCGGGGUCUUGUAGUGAGUUUGAAAGUGGCCAAUCAGAGGCGUUUACUGCGGUUGGAAUAAUCGUCAUCAUGUAUCAUUAUUUGGUCAUAAGAGGAAGAGACCUUGGCUUGGCUGCUGCCCUGUCCCUGUCCCUGUGCCUGUGCCUGUGCCUGUGCCACGAGAGAGAUUGUAUUUCUAGAUAUUGUUUUCUUGCUCACCAUGUUUAACCUGUUACCUUAGGUAAAAACAAGUGUGCUAAUUUGGAUUAGUGGAUAUUUUACUACGCUCCUUUUCGUUUCUUUUUU